AAAAAAAUACAUAAUGGUAUUUUAUUGUGUCGUUCCUGGUUGUAAAACUAAUCGUAAAGGUUAUUUAAAGUUGUCGCUAUUUUCUAUACCUAAAGAUGACGAACGUAAGAAAAAAUGGGAAAAUGCAAUUGGCAUAAGUAAUUUACAGCGAUCAAAACAUCGCGUUUGCGAAAAACAUUUUUUACCGCAAAAUAUUAUACGCAGUACAGAGCAUAGGGAUUCAGACGGAAAUGUAAUUGCUAUUUUGCCUCUUCAAUGCUAUAAACUUACCGAAGAUGCAGUUCCUUCCCUUGAACAUGGAAAUAAUUGUGAAAAAGUAAACGAUGCCAAAAAAUGUGAGAGUCCGUCAUUGCAAAGUACAUUUGAGAAUGUUUUUAAUGAUAUAACAAAUCAAAUCUCAUCUACCGAUAUUAUUAAUAUCGAGGACUUACCUGUAACCAUUGCAGAAGAUGUAGAUUCAAGAAAUUCAAAAAUCAUUGAAAUUCACAAUAUCGAUGACACUUGUUUUAUAAAAAAAAGUAUUAAUUCUGAUAGUUUAGAGCUAUCAAGUAAUUUCUUUAUAUUAAAGAAAUGUAAUUCCAAUAAGAAAAGUGCUGAUGAUGCUUCAUCCAAAACUGAAAAUAAUCAAGAUAUCUGCGAAAGGCAAACGAUAUUUUCUCUUUUAUGUGAAAAUAUUAAUUUAAUUAAUCUAUCGUAUGAUUGGAUUGUACAUGUUCCAUCAAAUAAGGCUUCUAUAGUUUUUGCUGAAAUUAGUGUAGAUACAUACGACAAUGAAAGUUACAAUAGUAAUUGUACAAUUAAACGAAGUCUUAUUAUAAAGAAUACCAUGAACUUUUCAUUUAAUGCAUUAGGAAAAAAUUUAGAUUCGGAACAAUUAGAUCUAUCUAACGUGUUUCACAAUUUUGAGGAAUUACAAAUAACGUUGAAUAAAUUUUCUAGUAUGAUUUUUUGCUCUGGAAUAGCCGAUAUUAAUGGUGUAGAUCUGGUUAAAGAUAAUAUUGCAUAUACAGAUUGUUUUAAUAAAUUACGACAUAACAAUUGUUAUAUAUUAAGUUCGCGCAGAAAAUGUAAAAUAUGUGAAAAUGUUAGGAAAACCGUGAGUCAGAAGAAGCGGCGUAUGUCGAGGAGAAGCCCGGAUAAAGAGAGACCAAAUUACUCUAAGUUAGCCAAUAAAAAUGUCUUGCAUAGCUGGAAAAAAAGAAUCCAAGCUCAACGAGGUGUAAUAAAGCGCGCAAAAAAUAAAAUUGAAUGCUUACGAAAGCAGGUUAAUGAAAUGAAAGCAGGAUUAAGUAAAAUUGAUCUACAAUCGGUGCUACAAAAAUGUAGCGAAUACAAAAUUUCGGACAUACAACGGACUUUAAUCGAACAAAUCGUUUCAUCGGCUAAAGUUAAAAGUGAAAAAGGUAGACGCUACAAUGAAGAUUGGACGAUGUUAUGCAUUUUAAUGCAUACUCGUUCUCCAAAAGAAUAUAAGCAUUUGCAAAGUUUGGGCAUAUUACCAUUACCUUGUGUGAGAACUGUGCGUAGAUAUUUAUCUCUUAUAAAUCAAUUUAAUUCGAAUGAAAUCAGUCAGAGAGAGGAAGAAAGUAGCAACGAAGAUAAUGAUCAGAGUAAUAAGACAAUAAUUGACACUCCAAAUAUCGAAGACAAUAGUCUUUAG